AUGGAUUUACCAAAGGGCCUGGUCAAGGAUGACAGGCGCAUCUACGAGGAUGUUGCGGCACUUACGCAGCCUCUUCCGGCAGAUUUCAUCAUAAGAAUGUGGCGCCUCUACACUACGACAAACCUCAAGCUGGUUGAUCCCACCGCUCGUCGUCUGGAAAAUCUUUGGUGGCAUGUGAUGGGCAGCGACAGGUGCAAGCUGAAAGCAGCUACCGUGGCCAAAAUUUGGGAACACAUUUCAUAUGGCCCAACCUUUGUGCCCCUCAGAGGCUCACCAAACCGCUGGGAGGGACCCUCGCGCUCAGCAGAUGAACCAGGACAUAAAGAUGAUUUCAGAGCAGUCGGCUCUCAAGGAGCUCUCGGCCUCAUCAUCUCGACCGCCGCCGCCGCACCCGAUCCUGAAAAAAACCAGGGGCGAUUCAAAAUCCGGACCCCGUCCAACGGCUCGCACAGCAGCCAGCGGCUUGGAAAUGCGCAUCUCAUCAAUAGCAUCGCCGACGAAAUCGAGCAAGAAAAAGGCUUCGACCCCGACCAAACGCUUUGUGGCCUCAACCGCGAACAAGAGAAGACCAGUCCUUCCAAGGAGGAUGAGUUCACAGUCCUCAACAAGUUCUGA